AAUAACCAAUACCCAAGGGGGAAAACAAAGAAGCUAGCUCUCUGCUUCACUAAUGCAAUUUAGCAAGUUCUUUUAUGUUCUUUGCUACAAAUGCGUUUGAAAGGUAGUUGAUUUUACCUAAUGCAGUUAAUAGUUUCCUUGAUCUCAUUUUUGCUACUUAUACAAGUAAAAAUAGUUCGAGGGUCUCAAGAAAAUGUCACAAAUGGCUCGUCCAGAUCUUCUUCGUUAUGGCUUAAAAGAGUGGUGAAGAACCCACGAGCCAUUGGGUGCUGGAAUAGGCCCUGGAUUUGCAAUGAAGCGCAGUUUCCUCCAAAUAUAACGAAGCUUUGUUGCAGGAAUCGUUGUGUUGAUGUAACCUCUGAUGUGAAUAACUGUGGGCUAUGUGGAAUAAGAUGUCCCUUUACAUGGCAAUGCUGCCGAGGAAUUUGCAUCAACACUAAUAUGAACCCUUUCCAUUGUGGAAGCUGUGACCAUAGAUGCCAGUUUCCAAGCCUUUGUUAUAAUGGAAUGUGUGGCUAUGCUCAACCACUGCCGCCCUGGCCGUUCCCUCCUCGGCCUCCCAAGCCGCCUCGACCACCACAUCCAUUCCCGCCAAAGCCGCCUCGCCCACCACAUCCGCUCCCCCCUUGGCCACCACAUCCUUUUCCACCAAAGCCGCCUCGGCCACCACAUCCGUUCCCACCAAAACCGCCUCGCCCGCCACAUCCACCCUUUCCGUGGCCACCACAUCCGUUCCCACCAAGGUCUCCUCGGCCACCAUGCCCACCCCCGCAUGGCUCUAGUGUUGACAAUGAAGCCUUUUUUUAAAACAGAAAACCUCAACAAAACUCUCAAACUUCAUCGCCAAUUUCUCAAUUUCGUUCUUGUCUUCUUUCUCCAGAGUUUGGUCUUGUUCUGCUGUUCAAAAGAUAAGACUACACUGUGCUAUCUCUAUAAGUUGUUCAUCUAAUAGUAUAUCUUUCCUUGCCUCAAUUCUCCGUUCAUGUAAUUGUGAUUUCAUUUUCAAGUUUUUUGAUCGUUUCAUAAUCAGAGUUUAACUUCUUUG